AUGGCAGAUUUGAUUCAUUUGCACAUUACCAACUCCCAAAAUGAUGCUAUAUCGUACGAUCGAAAAUUAGAUCCAAAUACUCCAAUUGCUGAACUUAAAAAUCUUCUUGAGUUUGUCACAGGCGUUAGUGCGUACGGAAUGCAGCUCGAAUUGUACAAUAAUGACAAAUUCGUGAUGAAGAUCAUUGAACAAGGGGAGCAUAAACUGCUUGGAGAUUUUCCCAUCCAGCAUGGGAUGCGUCUUCACGUUAUCGGCCACUGUACGUGGUUGGACGAUGGAGGUGCCGAUAAGUUUGAACUUUCGCCGGAGCAGUACGAUAGCCGGCAGGACAGUUUACGUAACUACUUGCGCCAAAACAAGCUGGGUCGGUACAAUGAGCACAGGGCUGCCCAAAAAAUGGCAGCACGAGCUCGAUCUAGGGAGGAGCAGGAGAAAAAACUGAGAGAUGCCACCGUUGGAAAACGUUGCAAAGUGAUGACAAAAUGUGCACCAUCACGUCUCGGAACGAUUGCUUACCAGGGAAAGCUAGAAGGCAAGGCUGGCAUCUUUCUCGGAGUCAAGUUCGAUGAACCGGUAGGUGUGAACGAUGGGACCUUUGAAGGUAAACGCUAUUUUGAAUGCGCUCCAAAGUAUGGAAGCUUUGUCACUGUAGACGCUAUUGAACUAGUAGACCUUCCUCCAGAGGAGUGCCUAUUGGAUGAUGAAUUGUGA